GGUCGAGUACGCUGCCCGCGAGUAAGACGGCGAAGUAACCAGCGCGGUCGGCAGCGAUGGUGUACCAUAACCUCAAAGCCCUGAUCAAGGGGAUUCGCGCGUGUAAAACAGUGGCAGAUGAGCGUGCACUCAUUAAGCAAGAAUCGGCUGCCAUUCGAGCAUCAUUUCGGGAGGAGGACUCGUACGCAAGGCAUAACAAUGUCGCAAAGCUGCUCUAUAUCCACAUGCUGGGGUCGGAGGCACACUUCGGCCAGAUGGAAUGUCUCAAGCUGGUCGCGAGUCCUCGCUUCGCCGACAAACGAUUAGGCUAUCUGGGGAUCAUGCUGCUUCUAGACGAGAGUCAGGAGGUGCUCACUUUGGUUACGAACUCACUCAAGAAUGACAUGAACCAUGCGAACAUGUAUGCUGAGAUGUCCCGGGACCUAGCGAACGAGAUCGAGAAGCUGCUCGGAUCCAGCAACACAUAUAUCCGGAAGAAAGCGUCUCUAUGUGCUCUAAGGGUAAUCAGGAAAGUACCUGACCUUUCAGACCACUUCAUCGCCAAAGCGAAGAACCUCCUUGCCGAUCGCAACCAUGGUGUGCUCCUUACUGCGAUCACUUUGGUCACGGAGAUGUGCCAAACCGAUGCAACAUGUCUUGAGGAGUUCCGCAACGCCGUGCCUUUGCUUGUCCGACACUUGAAGUCCCUGGUGACGACAGGAUAUAGCCCUGAACAUGAUGUAUCUGGUAUCACAGAUCCCUUCUUGCAAGUGAAGAUCCUCCGAUUGCUCCGUCUUCUCGGAAAGGGCGACGCGAAGGCCAGUGAGACAAUGAACGAUAUCCUGGCUCAAGUCGCGACGAACACAGAGUCCACCAAGAAUGUCGGCAACUCGAUUCUGUACGAGACGGUCAUGACAGUUCUCGAGAUCGAAGCAGACAGUGGAUUGCGGGUCAUGGCUAUCAACAUCCUCGGAAAGUUCCUCAGCAACCGUGACAACAACAUCCGCUACGUUGCCCUGAACACCCUCAACAAGGUGGUCUCGAUCGAUACAAACGCAGUACAACGCCAUCGGAACAUCAUCCUCGAUUGUCUUCGCGACGGCGACAUCUCAAUCCGUCGGCGUGCGCUCGAAUUGUCUUACGCCCUGAUCAACGAACAGAACGUCCGCAUUCUCAUCCGCGAGCUGCUCGCGUUCCUAGAGGUCGCCGAUGACGAGUUCAAGCUGGGCAUGACGACGCAGAUCUGCCUCGCUGCGGAACGCUUCGCGCCGAACAAGCGGUGGCACAUCGAUACCGUUCUCCGGGUGUUGAAGCUGGCUGGCAACUCCGUGAGGGAGGAGAUCCUUUCGGCAUUCAUCCGAUUGGUAGCGCACACCCCAGAAUUGCAAGCAUACACUGCGUCGAAGCUCUAUACGUCAUUGCGCUUCGACAUAUCUCAAGAGUCACUCACGUUGGCGGCUACGUGGAUCAUCGGUGAAUACAGUGAGGCCGUACUCGAAGGCGGCCUUAUUGACGAAGACCAGCCCAAGCUGAUCACCGACGUCGAACUGGUCGACCUCCUGCUCUCCAUUCUCGACUCUCCCUACGCCAACUACCUGACCCGCCAGUUCGUCCUCACCGCCAUCACCAAGAUCUCCUCUCGCCCGACGACCUCCUCCGCGCAACAAGAACGGAUAGCGAAUGUGCUGCUGAACUUCACCACAAGCCCAGAGCUAGAGAUUCAGCAGCGAGCAGUAGAGUUCGCGAGCCUGUUCAACCUGGAUGUGCGGGCAGGUGUGUUGGAGCGUAUGCCGCCGCCCGAGCUCAAGGCGACUGUCAUGGGCGUUGCACUCUUUGUCUGUCAGGGUGAUCUACUUGGGGACGACAUUGCGACAGGCCCCGCCGCACCCGUCAACGGCCACGCACCCGUGCAAAACAACCAAGACCUUCUCGCCGAGAUCUUUGGAAGCUCAUCAGCCCCAACAGCACCCAGUCCCGCCCAGAGCCAGAAGAGCACCGUCCAAGACAUCCUCGGCCUCUUCGACUCGCCCGCCGCAUCGACAUCCACGCCUGUCCAGACACAGGCGCCACCCUUGCCUGUGUCGAACGGUGCGGGCUCCGCCUUCAGCUUGCCGCAGACGCAAACCCCGCCCCCGCAGCUGGCGGCGCAGCCACGGCUGACGGCAUACCCCGCGUAUGACAAGAACGAGCUGAGGAUCAUGUUGACGCCACAGGUGCCUAAGCCGGGCGUUGUAAACAUUCUCGCGAGGUUCCAGAUGGCUGGCAACACGCCGGCGACUGGACUCAACUUCCAAGCGGCCGUGCCUAAGUCGCAACAACUCCAAAUGCUUCCCAUGUCGAAUCCAGACGUGCAGCCAGGUGCUGUCGAGACGCAACAAAUGCGAGUCAUCGCCCCAGUCGGAGCCAAUGUUCGGCUACGACUGCGUAUAUCAUUCUCAGUAGGCGGCCGCGCGGUGCAAGACCAGGUAGAUUUCAAUGGCUUCCCGCCCGGAAUAACGAGCGGGACAUGAUGUCCUCAUACACUUUCUGUUCUGCUAUUCGGAUAUUUAGUGUUGCUCUGUAAUGCAGUGUGAUUUUCUCGUUCAUCGACUAAACAAAUGAUACCUAUCAGCGAUGUUCAUGUUGAGUAUAACAAGACAGCGACAAUGUACCAUAGAGGUGGUGU